GUAGAAGGCCCAGAAAUUGGAGCCCAUUCUCGGUGGUUGUUAAGCCCAUCAUCUGCCUGCGCCCCGGCGGUCAGUGCCAACCGGCGGCGCUCGGGCGCCGGCCGUUCCACCUUUUCCCAGUGCCCACGCCAUUCCGCAGUGCAUGCUCUGCGCUACCAGCGUCUACGGACCACGGUUUAUUAAUUCGCUUGGUUUGGUUUGGGUUGGUUCAAAUUUCUAGCUAGGCUGUGUAUACUUCGAUUGUUGCUCGGCGAAUUUGAUACUAGCACGUGUUUUUUCCAGAUUCCAGUUCGUGUGUUCGCGCUCGAUCGAUUGCGCCAGUUGCUAGCGAGCUAUUCGAAGAAAACCUGGCAUCGAUUGGCCCUUCCAGGGUUAGAUUCGAAGGGAAUUUCGUCUGGCUUUGGGGAUUUUUGGUGCCCCAGCUUCCCCGGAUUUUUUUUAACUUCAUGUGUAUACAGUAUUGCAAACUGGUCCAGACAACUAACAAGUUCUGAAAGUGAUCAGAUACUUACUUACUAUUCAUUGCUACUCCUACUCCACUAUCAUACCCUUCUUUUUCUCAAUGCUCCGGGAAUAGCUAGGAACCAAAGUAAUAAUAUGCACAUAGAAAGUUGCAACAUAUUGGCUAUGCAAGGAGGGUAGUAACUUGUGACAAAAUCUUAAUCCCCCUUGCGGAUAAACACACAGACUUCUGGGCUGUCUGUAUGCGUUUAGGUCCAUCAGUUGUUUCGAUAUCCUGACUUGGACAUGGAUAUGCGUCCAUCAGGAAUAGCCGAGCUUGUGCUAACUGGAACCAUUACUUUAGUUCUUCAGUAAAGAUACAUUUAGUUAAACUGAAAAAAAUGUCAUUGUUAUGGUUGCCAGCUUGGCACAGUAAAUUGCAUGCAGUUACAAACUUAUAAUUGGUACCUGGCCUAAUUUUUCCCUUUCUAACUUGGUGGAUGCACUUCAAGCUUUCUUCCAUGUCAAACUAAUAUAAAAGGCUGUGUUCUAUCUGCAAUGUAUGCUCCCAGUAGUGGGCGUUCGGUGGAGAUGUAGGUGAUGGCAUCUCUCUGGGAGUGAUUAAUAGCAUUGUUGUGUCUUCCUCUUGAAGAAAUUAGUUUUCUACCUUUUCAUUAUAGAAAUUAGCAUCAUAUCUCAUCUCUUUGUUGGUAAACUUCUGUGUAGAUAGAUCCUUCGGUCGGUUUCCUGCAUAGUAAAAAGCAAGCAGACAAACACGGUGAUGCAACUGCGGCUAGAGGGAGCGUCUGUUGUGGCAUUAAUAUAGUGAUGCAAUUGCGGCUAGAGUGAUCAUUUCUUGUUGUAUUAUUAAAUGCUUAUGUACCAAACAAGAUAUAGUUGUUUAAUAAAAUUGAAGAUUUGGAAUAAUGUGGUAAAUUGUGCCGGUGCUGUUUUUAUGGAUAAGCAGAUUUCGUUAUAUAAAUGGCCAGUUUUAAUUUCAUGGACACUAUUGUUUGACCCCCUCAUGCUUUCCACGCCCUUGUGCAGACAUAUACCCAAGAACAUCGCAAAUGGGAUUUCCAGUUGCAAUUAAUAUCAUCACAGCUCUCUGGUCGCUGACCUAAGUCCUCAGAUCUUCCAGCCAAAUUGUCUGCUUCGUAUGUCAAUUUUGACAACAAAAACCAAAGCAAAAGAGGCAGUAAGAAUCAAAGAUACAUAGACUGUUCGAAUGCAGGUUGAGUCAUAUCAAAGGGUGUGAGAAAUGCAUGACCAGAGAGAACAGAUUACACAAAGUCAUGAUGAUAAUUGAUAAGGGUUCACACAUCCUAUUAUAUCUUUUAGUUUUUUGUCUAGAAUACUAUAUUAUAUAUCUUUUUGAUUGGCAGGAGUAAAAGCACAAGAGGACAAAAUAUUGAUGAGGUUUGCUUGUAUUUCUCAAGUCACUAUAUCUCGUUCUCCUUCUGUGUUGAUCAGUCCAAAUAAAAAGUCAGCUUUCAGUCAAAAAGAAAGAGUCAGCUUUGCAUCUGAAAAUGAGAUGGACUCUACUGCUUAAAUUCUUGUCCUCCUCUAACUUCAUUUGCAAUGCCUAUCUUUUCCCCAUAGUGAGGUCUCACUCCAAAUCCUUCCUUUGCUCCUCACAGGGUCUGACUGACCUGUGAUGGGAGAUCCUUCAAUUUUAGUUCUUGAUCACGAUCCGUUGUCCCUGUCGAUCCUCUCCAAGACGCUUGCCCAGUUUAACUUCAAAGGUGCAUUUCGAUUUCUAAGGAUCUCCAUCUUCUAAUCUAUUUCCCUUUCAUUUGCAAAAAAGGAGAUGUUUUAGAGGGACAAUGAAAGAUCAUAGGGGUAUCAUCUGGAUCUGCUAUGGUUGUUGAUUGACUACAGAAACUAUAAACUAUAGUAGUGAUUCAAUAGGAAAGUUGCAAAAAAGCAAUAUCCACUAUUCAUGUUAUACUUCAUAUUCCUUUGGUUCUGUCUUUUCUUUCUUCUAUUUCUGGAUAAAUCUCUGUUGCGAAUUGAGCACUCCCUUCUUUUUCUGAGAACAGUAUGUCCCCCUUUUUUUGUUUACACUCAUUUGUUUUCCUUGUAUCCAAGAUUUGCAUCUGUGAGCGGUCAAAAUCCAAUUUAGGACAUCUAGAAUGGUAUGCUCUCAAUGUAUUCAAAUUCUUUUUCAGAAAUGGAGGAUUUUAUACACUAUACUAAUCCGUUGCUAGUUACUCCUGUAAAAACUUUCUAGAAAUGUCAAUUGUGCUUACUAAUAGUUACAUUGUUGUGUGCUUAAGUUGGGCAGAGUUUAAUUAAGCUUGAACUGUUCACAGAGGAGCAUUUUACUUAGUAUGCAACUGGCACAUAUUUCUUGAAGUUUCAUUAAAACAUAUUCAUCGAACUAUUUUAAUGGCUGUGCUCUAUUGAGUAAGAGGAGGAACUCAGCCCCUCUGCCUUUUAAUUUAAUGUACACCAGAUAUGUGCUAUACAGGGGGAUGCUAUGAAUGGCACUAUUCGAUGACCUGUAAUCUGUUCAAGCAGGAGUACAGGAUUGAAUUUUGCAUAUGUGAUAUAUCCAUACUGCCUGUUUACAGCUGCUUGGUGGGAAGUUUGGGUGUAUAGUUGUUUGGCAGGAAGUUUGGGUGUAUGGUUGUUUGUAGGGAAGUUUUAUCUUAUUUCCCCAUCUUGACCUGGACUGUUAACUAAUGGCUGGAUAGCUUGCAUGUAUCGAUAUAGGGCACUUCUCAUCACGUGAAGCUCGGUGAGAUGUUUUUCUUAAGAAAAUAUAUAGAUUGUGCAACCAUAAUCAUGAAUCAUUUCUGGUGGGGUAUAUUACAUGCUUAAAUUGAAAGAAAGCAGAUGAUGUUGCAUAUAUAGUAGUAUUACUUUGUCACCUUUCCAAGCACUAUUAGUUUAUAUUUCAUGUAUAUGUGGAAUAUAUUACAUGAACUUUAAAGUUUAAAGAAAGGCAGCAGAUGCAGUUCAUAAUGGGAUGUAGGGAUACCUUGGCUGAAGGUUACUGGGUCAACCUUCCAAACGCUAUUAGAUUGCCAGUGUAUUGGAUUGAGAGGUCAAUUAGGAAAAGCACUGAUAUCAUGUAGCCUUGUUGUCCUUAGAUGGUCAAUUUUGCACUUUAUGCUAGUAACAUCAACAUUUCAUGUUUUUACUCUCCAAAUAUCCGAGUCUAACUUUUUAGUGCUGCAUAGUUCUGCCAUUCAAAACUGCAGAAAAUGCCCUAGAUUCCUUUAAUAGGGGGGGUUGCUGAUGAUGAGGAGCUUGAUUUGGUACUAGCGGAAGUUCAUCUUGGUAAGAUGACGGCGGGCACUUCGCUACUGUUCCACUACAUCCUGAAUGAACUCCAAGUCCCUCUCAUCACGAUGUGUGCUUAUGGUGAUCAAGAGGCACUGUCUAAAUGUAUGCCCCUGGGAGCAUGCUUCAAUGUGCUGAAGCUGCUGGACCCUAGAGUCUUCAAUAUUCUGAGAGAGAAAGCUAUGGAACACAUGUCUAGAAGGGUCAUACCUGAAGGGUCUAGCAUUAUGAAGAAAACCAUGAAACAUCGGCAGAAGUUAAAGCAAGAACAGGAUCAGCAGCAGGAGGCCAACAUGAAACUAGUAGCCGAUGUGAUUACAUCGGCAUAUGGUGCAACCAGGACUAAAUCUAAUAAUCAUCUGACAACCACCCAGAUGAAGGUCACACCUGGAGUUGCCCCAGCUAUCAGGGCCCAAGUGGAGAGAAGUUCAGUGAGAGCAGAAGUUUCCAAUACUAACACACGCACAUCUGUGUGGGAUAGGUACAGUAUGAGCCUGCAGGAUCGUAAUAAGUCCGUGUGGGAUAGUUACGAGCCGAAAGGGCUUUUCUUGCCAUACAAACAGGCGGUGUUGCCAAUGCCGAGCAAAGCUAGCAUUGAAAAUACAGCCCCAUAUGCUGCUGUACAGAAGGGUUAUUGCACGCCAGUAACAAGUCUGCUCCAUCAACUGAAAGAGAACAGCUAUACUGAAGCUGCAGGCAACAUGGAGAGCUUUACUCUUCAAAAAGAUCCUGUGAACGAGGUGUAUGCCACAACCACAGGCGCUGAUGAUGUGGGGGAUCUGGUGAGCAAUGCCCUGCUUGAUGGCACAGAAAACAACUACUCAACUACAGAAAAGAUGCCGUCUGCAUCUGAUCCUCUUUGUGGCAGCGAACUGGAGACAUUUGGGAGGAGCCAAUUGGAAGGACAAGAGCAGCAAGACCUUGGGCCAGAUGAUCUGCUCCAGGUAGAGAAUGCAUGGAACCAUCCGCUUCAGUCGGCAGGCCUGGUUGAUGCAAGGUUGGUUCAAGAAUCCACCGUUGGAGAUGCUCUGAUACCGAUGGUUCAAGGAUCCGUUGUUGGAGAUGCUCCGGUGCUGACGGUUCAAGAAUCCGCCGCUGGAGUGGUUCAGGAAUCCGCCAUGGGAGAUGCUCCGGCAGAUGAUCCUGUGAACCAGUUUGCCAUUGGUGACGAGCUCUGGACCUGGAGUCCUCAGAUGAUAGAUGACUAUGCCAUGAGUUUCUAAAUCAGGGAGGGAGGUAACUGGUAGUACAAUAAGACUGGUAAUGUGAUAAGACUCUCUGCGGAGAAAAAAAGGUAUAUGCAAGGAGUAACUGCAGAUAACUGUGCUCAAGCAAAACACAUGUUAUAUGCAAACAUGUCCAGUGCUUUGUGACAUUGGUUAAAGUUAUUUCAGCUACUUUGUUUCUAAAUGUUAACAUAUUUUCUUCCGUGUCGCAA